UGCCACUUCAAGGAGCAUGAUGCCUCAACAACAGUCGAAUGCACCACGGUCCACACCACUUGUUUGGGUGGUUUAUGCCAUUGCCAUUGGGGUACCUCUGGUAGAACUUGCCAAGUUGUUGGUGGCGCUGCAUUUUGCUUGAGGUUGGAUGCAGCAAUCAGAUUGUUCGAACGUACCGGUACUGAGCAGGGCAACCACCUGCUGCUGAUGGCGGACAGCGACAGCAACAGCGAUGCUGGGUAUGACCUAGACUGGCGCCAUGGGGGCCCUCAUGAGCAGAAGAAUGAGCGUGUUUUGACAGAGCAUCACGUCAAUAUGAAUGGGCCCAUGCCUAAUCCUAUGGCAGAGUUCUCCAAGCAGCGAAAGAAGGAUGCGAAGAAGCAGUCUGAAAGGAACAAGCCGAGGGACCUGGUGAAUCUGGAUACUGACUCGGAUAGUCAGGCGAAGGCUUCCCCGAAAGGGGCACUGGGGACACAAGGCCGGAAGGAGGUUGUGGACCUGAGUUCAAGCGAGGACGAUGAUGAUGACAAGCGGCCAGCAAAAUGGAGACCCCUAUCACGCAUGCCUACAGUGAUGGAGGACUGUGGGGGUCUGGCUGGGGACAGAGCGGCUCCCUCUGGACAGAACCCUGGCAAGCGACCUCCCGCUCCAUGGUCCCCUCCCAGGCCCGAGCUGUCAGAUGGGCCCACAGGGUCCAGUGGUGGCAUCGGCAAGGGGGAAUGCAAGAGAAAAGUCUCGGCGGACGCAAAGGGGAAGAAGAAAGUAGGUUGGUCGGACGACGAGGGCGGACAGAGAGACGGCGAGGAGAGCAGCGAUGACUCAGAAGAUGAGGUGGACCUCAUCAACGUGGCUCCGGCAAAGCAGAAAGCUGUGCCGAAACAAAAGGGAAGCGCGGGGGCCACGGGGGGUGCGAAGCGCCAGCGAGUGGAUGCUAGUGGAGCAGAUAACAAGAUGGAGGAUGCAGAGAGAGAUGGGGGCCUUGGGCAUGGGGUGGCAGGAGAGAGCAAGGGGGAGGAGGGGCUGGAGGGGCUGGACGAGAAGGAGAAGAAGCGGAGGCUGGCGGAGCUGAAGAAGCGGCGGGCAGCGCAGGAGAAGGCGCUCAAGGCGGAGCAGCGGGAGAAGCAGCGGCAGGAGCAGCGGCAGGAGAAGGAGCGGCUGAAGCAGGAGAGGCAGGAGGCCAGGAAACAGGCAGCCGAGGAGAAGCGCGCACAGCGGGAGCAGGAGAAGCAGCAGCGGGCGGAGCAACGGGACGCAUACCAGAAGCUGAGUGGGAAGGACGCGCUUGCCAACUGCACCGUGCGCAUCGACCAGUCGCUCAUUGGAAGGGAUCAGUUGGGAGUGAUGCUGACCUUGGAGCUGCAGUCAAAGCAGCUCAAGUUUGAGUGCUGUGCCAACGCAAUGGACUUCUCCAUCACCUGGCGGCGCGUGCACUACCGCAGCCGAGUGGGUACGCAAGACGAAUUCGAGAGCCAGAGUCAAGCACCGGAGUCACAGCCGGACUCGCAGGUCGAGGGGGAGGAGGUUGAUGUGCCAUACGUAGUGCUGGUGUACUCUGCCGCUGUGUUCUGCGACAUGGUGCGCACCGGGUCGCUGUGGACCACGCUGGAGGCCGCCAGCGUGUGCCACCCCGGCUGGACCGUCUGCCUGCUCGUCCCCGAGCUACGCAAGUACAUCAAACAGCGGAAGGCGGAAGAUUACAAGAAGGCGGGCGUGGCGGGGCACGUGGCGUGGGUGGACCCCGGGGUGGACGAGGCGCUGGCGCGGCUGUGCGUGCACUAUGACCGCGUGCGCAGCUGCACCCCCAAGGACGACAACGAGGCCGCGGAGCACAUCGCGAACCUCACGCGCGGCCACGCAGAGGCGCCCUACAAGAAGGCGUCGACGGUGGUGGGCACCUUCGGCGGGGGCAACCACCUGAAGCCGUCGGACAAGGCACGCCUCAAGAAGUGGCCCUGGCUGAAGGGGCUGACGCUGCUGGACGGCGUGUCCAUCAACGUGGCGGAGGCCAUCAAGCGGCGCUACCCCACGCUGCGCUCCCUCCUGGACGCCUACCACCACCCCACCACCACGGCCCAGGAGAAGGCGGCGCUCUUGAAGGACCUCCCGCGGACCAUUGGCUUUGGCGAAGGCUCGCAGCCGGGCCAGGAGUCGAGCCGCCGAGUGGGGCCCAAGUUGUCGGAGAAGGUUCACCGUUUCUUUACUGCACGAGAUCCCGACAUGAUGAUUGAAGAAAUUGGAGAUAAGGGUUGAGCAGCGCUAGCGAGUACUUGCAGAGACAACUAGCGUCAGCAGACAAUUGCAGUCCGAUCCGCGUAUCUUUUUGCCUGGGACAGCCGAGGACAGAUCUGCUGGUUGACACAUCAGAGUUGCGUGUUGAUCAACGUAAUGAAGCUCAGACCGAUGCGGACACAAGGUGGCAGGUAUGCUGGAGGUUCACAGAGGGAGGUGUCAAGCUUCGACCUCCGAGUUCCUCCUUACGCAGGUUCAAAACUUUGUCGGCUCAAGCAGCUUGCAUUUGGGGGAGAUGUGCACCAUGCGGAUCGGAACGUUAAGGUGCAGUUAUUGCUCUGCAUCUCCGAGUCGGGUCAUUUCAAUCCUACAGUUCUUGAGCUGGCGUCAGCCCU